AUUUUUUUUAUCUGGGUAUGUGUAAUCAAAAAUAUGAGUUAACGAUAAACCUUCACCUUGGGUGAGAUACAUGUCGCACAUCUUGGAAUGACACGUAAACAACGAGCUAUGACUUGGUCCGGAUUUUACAUUUCCCCUCAACAAGAACAUAAACUGUUUCAGCCGGAGGCUGACGACAAGUGACUUUUCCUCCAACACUACAGAGAGACUUUUCGACUACACUUGGAAUGUAAGGUUAGGGAUUCUAUGAUUAUGAGACAUGACUGAAAAACGUGGUAUACGAGCUUACAAAGUCCUCGAGGACUACAACGGAUCCGAAGAAAGAAAUUUGGAACUUCAGAAGGGCGAUUAUGUAACUCAUGUAAAGGUUUUAAACAACGAAUGGGCCCUGGGACGAAAUAAGCGCACCAAGAAAACGGGAUCAUUCCCAUUAUCUUUCAUCGAAUAUGAAAAAUCUAUUUGGAAUCGAAUUUCCAUACAGAAUAAGCCGAAACUUCCUAACAGUUCUCAUAACACUACCAUUAUAGAGUCAGAAAACCACAAAGAAGGCGAGGACAGUGAUGGCGAUGAAAAUGAAAGUCAUCAAACGCAGAGCUCACUACAGCCUAGGGAAGAGCAACACCCGAGUCAUCUAACAAAACUCAUAAAACCUAAAUCAUACCACAAGAAGAUGAAGGGAAAGAGUAACAGAUAUUUGUAUGACAACAGUAUGAACGAAGGAAUUAUGAAGAACAAUACAAAAAAUCUGAUAGAGGAGCUUAAAUUAAGGCUUCAACAGAGAGAUCCAACCAAAUCUAUGAAUUAUCACAAGUGGUAUCUUAUCAAGAGGAUCAUCGUUUCGAUUUGUGGCAUUUUACUGGGGGCCUUGUUUUGUGGAGCUCUUUUCUCGAUCUGUGUUUUUAGCUUUAGGUAUACAUAUAAAAUGUCCGGAAUAAUAACAGGGAUAGCGUUUCUUCUCGUUCUCGUUGGAGUUGGCUGUAGUAAAUUCCUAAGUUGUUCUUUGCUACUAGUGGUUCCUGCUUUAUUCACCACACAAGGCAGAACCUUAGCUUUAGCAGCGAUUUUCAUCUUACUGAUGUCAGGCCCAGGAACAAAUAUAGCUAAGAACACAGUAGAAAUAUCAAGAUGUUUGGCAUGUGUGGCCGACUUGAUCCAGAAUCAGUUGCUGCAACUUGCGAAACAAAUUACAGAACCAAUUCAUCGCGUCGCCUUAGCAUUAAAAGAGGUGUUUAAGGACAUAGUUAAUAGUCUCCAAGCCGUCGUUGAUGCUAUCGACACUGUGGUCAACGCCAUACAAUCCUUCCUGGAUAAAGUGGUGGAGGUCGCUAGCGCGAUCACAGGAGUUUUCGAAAAAUGCACGAAAACAAUGGAAGACGCCAAAAAAAAAUGCAAAAGUGGAAUAGAAAAAGCAGAAAAAGACUGCGAUGAUGCGUUAAGAGCAGCAGAGAAAUGGUUAGAGGAUGCCGCGAAGGCGAUCGCCAACGCAGUCAAGAGUAUUGGCAGUUUUUUUGGAAGACGGCGUAGGCAUGCCAUCGACAUGGUACAUUCAAACCAGACUUCUAAAAUGGUCAUCACUGGGAUGCCAAUGCGGAGACCAGUGACUGACCUGAUUAGUAGAGAGGGUGAGCGGGUUCCUAUCACAAGGAAAAUACGCCACAGUCGAUCUUACAACAUUUUUUUGCUAAAACAGCAUAGACCUCAUUAUCGAACAUCUUUUGCGAGAAGUUCGAGUCGUGGUAAUAUACUCAAUACCUCAUCAGCAAAUCAAAGCAGGUUGUACACAGUGGACGAGUCUGCUCCGGUAUUUGAAAGAAGAGUAGGAAGGAGAAAACGCUCCAUUUGCAGUGUUCUGGGUGUAGUUGACGUCGUUUGCAAUGUGGUGGACAUCCCAGCGGCCAUAUGUAGCGCUAUUAGCUUCGUAUCGAGCUCGCUCGAGACAGCAGCUAAGGCUGCAAUAACCGAAUUUAACAAACUGAAAAAUGAAUUUGUUUUUGGUCUCAAUGCUACAUUUAACUUGGAGAACGACGUAAAUUCAUCGAAAUCUGCAUCGGAAAUCGUUACUGGUGUUUUGACAGAUAUAGCCAGCAAACUGUCAACUAUAACUUCCAUAUCUGGUAUUCUGAGUCAAGCAUUAGGAAUCACUGUCAUUUUCCUCUUCAUCAAAGCUGUAAUAUAUCUGACGCGAUACAUGAAGCAAGAUUUCUACGAUAAUAUUUACAUAUCACCAGAGUUUGUGGAAUAUGAUGAAAAAUGUAAAAACAGCGGCAGAGAAUCGGUUCUUCCACUGAAGUAUAAGGAACACUCGAAGUACAUCAUCACUACUUUGCCAUUUCCCACCGCCCAAGAAUUAUCCCUCGCCCUAACAGGACUUACCGCAUUCUUUACGCAUUUUGGAAUAGGCGUGGUUGUAAUAGGGUUUAAUUAUGCUCUUUACUACUUGCUGGUGCUUAUUGAAAAAUAUGGCCAAGUCGCUGUUCUGUCUUCUAGUCUCAGUAGCCUUGAAAUCACAGUUGAAGGUACUGGUUUCAUCGCUAAUUUUUUACGUAACCUUAUAUCGAAUUUAGAUCUCAAUGUCAACAUGACCAUAGAAUUCAAUAUAACUGAAUGCUUACCGAAUCCAAGCGAACCAAGCGAAAGCGACGUCCCUGUAUUCUCGCUGCUGUAUGGAGGUGUGUUGUUUCUCGUUUUCAUUCAAAUGUACUCCCUUCGAAUUCGCCGUUCUAUAACUUCUCACUUCUAUCCAGAUCGAGAACGCGAACGAUGUCGUCUCCUUCAUGAGCUGAUACGUCAUCAGCGCAAGACGCUCUUCACGUGGGUGAGACAGCGCCUACAUUUGCGUAGCCAUGACGUGGACAAACGUGUGUCUAUCCGAGGGCUCAUUGAAUACAGCCAGUUUGGUAUAUUUUGCAAACCGUGUCUCGAUUUCUGUUUACCGAGGAAAGCAACAUGCAUAAGUUGCGAGGAAAGUGCAAGUGGAAAUGUAUCCUUCAGGAAAUGCACGAAAUGCAAGUCUUUGUAUUGUAAACAUUGUUUCGAAGUCUUUCAAAAUAAUUGUUUAGUUUGUAAUGUCAGACAAGAUAUUCGAAGUGGUAAAUAACAUGAUAGAAAGCCAGUCUUGGUAAACACUAUCGUAUGAAUGAUUUAUUUUGUUUUUAUUAUCAAAGUUAUGUUAUAAUAUAAAACAAUGUACGUUCAUCUUCUGAAUAUUAACAUCUGCUUUUGCAGAUUAUUUUAAAAAUCUAAUAGUAUUUAAAUAUAUGAUGUUAUUAGUAUCUCAAUAUACCGUCAUGUGUACGACAGGUUUUCGUUCUAAUAAAUUCAUGUUGACUGAUAAUAUUUUGGGCCAAAUAAAGACUUUGUGCAUGCAAUAUUUGGAGAUUUAUAGGAGUAAACCCUCAUCAAUAAUGUAUGGGUUAUCUUUGUUUUCCAAAAAUGCUUUUUUGUUAUUCAGAUUAAACAUUUCUGAAAUCGA